AUGUCUCGCCGUGAGCCCCGUCCUCGCGGCGCUCUCAACCACGCUCUACACCGUGCGUACGACGCACUCAUGCCACACCGACGUCGUGACCCUGCACGCUUGGAGCCCGGUCGCGUGGUACUUACCAUGGGUACAAAUCAGUUGAUGCGUCAACAGUAG